AUGACAUUGAGAAACACCAUUCUAACCACCUUCGUGGCUGUUACUACAUUACUACCUGGCUGCCAGGCACAAGCUCCUGAAGCAGUGGUUUAUAGUGACCCAGGCACAGGAAUCACCUUCGAUACAUGGAACGUGCCAUCAAGCUCAAAGGCUGGUGGGCUAACCUUCGGAGUCUCAUUGCCAAACAAUGCGCUCAAAUCAGACGCUACUGACUUCAUCGGAUACCUACGCUGCACAGCUACCGAGGAGUCCGCAGCAAAGGGCUGGUGCGGUAUUACACUAGGCGGCUCGAUGAUAGACGCCCUUUUAUUCGUUGCGUACCCAGAUGGCGACGCCGUGCGGACCUCCCUGCGCUUCACCUCGGAAUACGCGAUGCCCGGCGUGUACGGCGGCAAUGCGACCGUAAAGCCGAUCUCCUCUACUGCCAACUCAACGGGUUUCUCAUUGAUCUUCCAUUGCCAGGACUGUCUGCAUUGGUCGCAGGGUGACACUACUGGCAGUGCAUCUACCAGCAGUGGUUUCUUGGACUUGGGUUACGCGCAGUCCGUCAAAGCACCGACUAAUCCGUCCUGUGCGGCCGACCUGAAGCUUGCUCGACAUGAUAUACAGGGUACCUGGACCGCAAUGCUUGAUGAUCAUGCUGCGAGUGACUCCUACGAUAAGUGGCUGGGCCAGGCGAAGGAUGCAGUUCCUGAUAAAUGCUCUGCCUAAAGAUGGUAUAUUGUUCUACCUCAAACCAGUUAGCUCUGUUGCAAAAUCGUUACGCGCAGACUUCAACGGGUUAAAGCUUGGUAGGGUGGCACCGGUAUCAACGUUCGUCUGGAUAUAAUAUUGCAGCGCGAAGAGCAAAGUGCGUUUAUCACUUUUGCGUUUGAUCAUCAUCCUCGCACCAUAAAC